AUGGCACCAAAGGCGGAGAAGAAACCAGCUGAGAAGAAGCCUGCCUCCGAGAAGGCUCCGGCAGCUGAGAAGGCUCCGGCGGAGAAAAAGCCAUUCCGGCCUUUCUUUAACGGGUUUCAAAGUGGCGCCGCGGCAGGAGACAAGAAGAAGAAGCGGGUGAAGAAGAGUGUUGAGACCUACAAGAUCUAUAUCUUCAAGGUGCUGAAACAGGUCCAUCCUGAUAUCGGGAUUUCCAGCAAGGCUAUGGGGAUCAUGAACAGCUUCAUCAAUGAUAUUUUUGAGAAAUUGGCUCAGGAGGCUUCCAGGCUCGCCAGGUAUAACAAGAAGCCCACCAUCACUUCUCGGGAAAUCCAGACUGCUGUGAGAUUGGUUCUGCCUGGAGAGUUGGCUAAGCACGCUGUUUCUGAAGGGACUAAGGCGGUGACUAAAUUCACUAGCUCUUGA